UGGAUGCGUUUACGCUUCUCACCCCCGAGGGUAAACUGGCGGAACAGCAGCGUCAGAAGCCGGCAAAGGUGAAGACAAGGAGCGGGAAAGUUUGGCAGCGUUCGGUUCCUCCGGCGCCUUUUGCAAACUUUCUCCUUCGGCCGCCGCCUCGUCCCGCUCCUUCGUCGCCAGCUGAGCGGGGCUGGAUCCAGAUGGGGCUCCCGGUGGUCCGCUGGGGGCUCCUGUCCGCGGCGGCCGUCCUCUUGCUGCGGGGAAGAUGCGCAGGCUCCUCCUCCCAUUCGUUGCGCAUUUUCUACACCCUGGUCAUGGGCUCCAGCCAGGAUGUGCCCCAUUACAUUGUGGUGGCAUAUGUGGAUGACCAGCUGGCUGCACGUUUUGAUGCCCCCACAAGAAGAAUGUUGCCUCAAAUGGCCUGGCUUCAUAAAAUGGAGGACGAGGAGGGCUCCCAUUUCUGGGAUCUGUCAUCACGGAGAGUGAGCACCACCAAGAGGAGGUUCAAAACUGACCUUGCCAUCUUGCACAGCCACCACAACUCCAGCAGAGGAAUUCACAGCUGGCAGCGUGUGAUCGGCUGCGAUCUGAGCAAAGAUGGCCACAAGAGCGGAAUUUACCAGUAUGGCUACGAUGGGGAAGACUUCAUCAGCCUGGAUCAGAAGACCCUCACCUGGACCGCGGUCGACAUCCGCGCUCAGGUGACCAAGAGAAGGUGGGAAGCUGAACCUUUCAUCGCCCAGAGCAGGAAUAACUUUUUGGAGCAGGAAUGUAUCGAGCUGCUUCAGAAGUGCAUGGUGUAUGGAAAGGAAUCUCUGCUGAGGAUAGAGCCCCCAGUGGUGAAAGUAACUCGCAGGACCCAGUACAAUGGCCUGGAGACACUCGUCUGCAGAGUGUACGGCUUUUAUCCCAAAGAGAUGGAUGCCACCUGGAGGAAGGAUGGGGAAGUCUGGGAGCAGGACACCUUCCGGGGUGGUGUUCUUCCAAACUCAUAUGGGACCUACCAUGCCUGGCUGAGCAUUGAGGUUGACCCAAAGGAGAGGGACCGCUAUUGGUGCUAUGUGGAUCAUGUCGGGUUUCCGGAACCUCUGAUUGUGGCCUGGGAGGAACCUGUCUUUGUGCCCAACAUGGGGCUCGUGGCCGGAGUUGUGGGGGUCGUGGUGGCUACAGUCUUCAUUGCUGCUGGAAUGAUUGUCUAUAUCAAAAAAUAUGGCAGAAACACUUGCAGAACGGCAUCAGCCAGCAUAUAGGAUUUUGAAAGUCCUCCAGUGAAUUGACAUAUCGCUUAGAAUCAGCUGUACUUAAAGCAGCCUAUAAGCCUAGGUAAAAGAUAAAUAAAAAGACCGAAUUGACUGAACAAUCUCUGGGAAAACUAGUCAAAUCACUGCAACUGAGCCAUGUGCAGAUCUGUAUAUUGGGGAAAGAAAACAACCACUUCAUAAAUGCAUGGCACAGCAUAGGAGAACAUAUCCAUCUGGACAAGAUUCGGCAGUCCAUCUGCAUUUUAAAAAACAAAGGCCACUCUUUUGAAGAAAGCAAAGUCCACAUUUUGGAUAGAGAGGACCACUGGUUUGAAAGAGGGGUCAA